AUGUACGGACUGCAUGAAAGUACCACGGCAAAUAUCGCAGACUUUCUUGCUUUCUAUCUCAUUCAAAUAUCCAUUCCGACCGCCCUGCUCGUCAUCACCCCGAAGAAAUCACCGCUUCGAUAUCUCGCCAUACCAUGUAUGAUAUGGAUCGCCAACCGAUUCAUGCUACCUUUUGCACCUGCAGGUGGUCCGGCCUGGUGCCAGGCGAUCUGCCAGCUGGUGAUCGUGGUUCUGCAAGCGAUCAACCUGUUAUUACUCAAUCCCGUGGGCCGCCAAGAUCUAACCAAGGUGGUCAAAAAUUCGCAAAGCACCAUAUCGUACUUUUUUGCAGCGACUCGAGCUCUGAUAUUUACUCGGGGGGUCAAUACUCCUUGGCAAGUGAAGAAUAUACCAUCUCAGCCCCGUUAUUAUGCGCGGCGGGGUAUGCAGGUACCUAGUCGAUCCCAUUUCUUGCUUCGUCAAUCUGUAAUCCUCGCUUGGCAAUAUUUGGCUCUCGAUAUUAUUCAAACGCUGUCAGCCCAGCAGGCCUCCGAGAGGAAAGAAAUUUCAUGGGAGAUCCAUUGGAAUGUAUCGUGCCGUCAGUGGGGUGAGCGAGCAGGCACGCAUCUAGCAAUCUGGUUCGUGGUGAAUCGACUCAUUGGGGACUCUGCGUAUCGUCUCCUUUCAAUCGUGAGUGUUGGUCUUGGAAACGACUCCCCAUCGGACUGGCCACCGGCUUGGGGGAGGAUGAAAGAAGCCUAUACCCUUCGAAACUUCUGGGGUACCUUUUGGCACCAGUUUAUGCGACAACCUUUCUCCGCCUUGGGUAAGUUUAUUGCCCGAGAUCUUCUGGGCCUGGCUCGAUCAUCGGUUCUGGAGAGAUACACCAAUCUCUUCGUUGUGUUUCUGGUAUCGAGUCUUUACCAUGUUAUUGUGGACCUGUUGCAAAGUGUUCCACCUCAAUAUUCGGGGUCGAUUACUUUUUACAUGAUCUUCGUUGCUGGAAUUAUGCUCGAGGAUUUUGUACAGCAUUUAUGGGGUCGUUUUGGAGCUCAUAAGAGGAGCUCUAGUUCUGAAAAGAUUGAGCCGGCUAUGUGGCAGAGGAUCAUUGGAUUGAUGUGGGUCAUGACAUGGCUUGCGGUCACAUCGACGUGGUACUUCACUCCCAUGAUCCAGCUAACCGGGCCAGAUGUGACUAUGGUCCCGUUUAGCUUUUCGGCAAAAUCGAGUCUGCCUACUUCGGGAACGCUUCUCUUAUCAGCUGGUAUCGUCAUAUCGUGGAUAUUUGAAGUUGAUCUCUAG